AUGGCGGCUCUUCAACGUUUCCCUCUUUCCAAAGGCUGGAGCUUCAAGGAUAGUGAGGACAAGUCUGAAGAUGCGUGGAUGCCGGUGCCUGUCGUUCCCUCGGUCGUUCAGCAAGAUCUGCAAGCAAACAACAAAUUAAAGGAUCCUUACAUUGGAUUUAAUGAGUUGGAGACAAGAUGGGUCAAUGAAAAGUCGUGGACAUACAAAACCACCUUCCAAAAGCCGGCCGUCCCGGCUGGUUCAGCCAUUUUCUUGGCCUUCGACGGCCUGGAUACAUUUGCUACUGUCAAACUAGAUGGUAAUGUGAUCCUGGAGAGCGAUAACAUGUUCCUGGCGCAUCGCCUCGAUGUCACCAAGGCUCUGGAAGCCGAGGGUGAUCACUCUCUCGAGAUCGACUUCGACUGUGCUUUCCUGCGCGCGAAGGAGCUUCGCAAGCAGGACUCCAAGCACAACUGGGCCUCUUUCAACGGUGACCCUUCCAGAUUGAGCGUAAGAAAGUCUCAGUACCACUGGGGCUGGGACUGGGGUCCAGUCCUCAUGACUGCGGGUAUUUGGAGAGAGGUGCGCCUCGAGGUCUACACUGCGCGCGUCGCGGAUCUCUGGACCGACGUGCAGCUGGCAUCGGACCACCAGAACGCUCAGAUUACUGCGUUUGCCGAAGUGGAAUCGGUAAACUCUGAUGCGCACAAGGCUCGCUUCACGCUGAGCUUGCACGGCCAAGAGCUUGGUCGCGAGGAGGUCAGCGUGUCCGAAGAUGGUUCUGCCAAGGUCAGCUUCGAUGUCAAGAGCCCAUCCCUGUGGUGGCCUCAUGGCUACGGCGAUGCUACCCUGUAUGAAGUGUCAGUAUCCUUGGUCAAGGACCAGGAUGAAGUCCAUCAAGUGUCGAAGAAGUUUGGCAUCAGGACCGCUGAGGUUGUUCAGCAGCCUGACAAGCACGGCAAAUCAUUCUUCUUCCGUGUGAACGGCGUUGACAUCUUCUGUGGUGGUUCUUGCUGGAUUCCGGCUGACAACUAUCUGCCGAGCGUCACGGCUGAUCGCUAUCGCAAGUGGAUUGAGCUGAUGGUCCAUGGCCGUCAAGUGAUGAUUCGCGUGUGGGGUGGUGGUAACUACGAGGACGACAGCUUCUACGACGCAUGCGACGAGCUCGGCGUGUUGGUUUGGCAAGACUUCAUGUUCGGCUGUGGUAACUACCCGACCUGGCCCAACCUCCUCGAGUCGAUCCGCAAGGAAUCCGUCUACAAUGUCCGCAGGCUGCGUCACCACCCCUCCAUCGUCGUCUGGGUUGGAAACAACGAAGAUUACCAGGUCCAGGAAUCGGCCGGCCUUACCUACGACUUCGAGGACAAGAACCCUGAGAACUGGCUCAAGACGGACUUUCCCGCUCGCUACAUCUACGAGAAGAUCUUGCCCGAGGUGGUCGAAGAAUAUUCUCCUAGCACUUUCUAUCACCCUGGUAGUCCCUGGGGUGAUGGUAAGACCACGUCCGAUCCUACCGUGGGUGACAUGCAUCAGUGGAAUGUCUGGCACGGCACACAGGAGAAGUACCAGAUCUUCGAUACCCUCGGCGGUCGAUUCAACAGUGAAUUCGGAAUGGAAGCUUUCCCUCACAUGUCGACCAUCGACUACUUUGUCGAAAACGAAGCGGACAAAUUCCCUCAGUCGCAUGUUCUUGACUUCCACAACAAGGCCGAUGGGCACGAGCGUAGAAUCGCAACAUACCUUGUUGAGAACCUGCGGACAGCGACCGACUUGGAGACUCACGUCUACCUCACCCAGGUUGUUCAAGCUGAGACAAUGAUGUUCGGAUACCGUGGAUGGCGUCGCCAGUGGGGUGACGAGAGACACUGUGGUGGUGCUCUUCUGUGGCAGCUGAAUGACUGCUGGCCCACAAUUUCAUGGGCUAUUGUGGAUUACUUCCUGCGCCCCAAGCCUGCGUUCUACGCCGUGGCUCGCGUGCUGAACCCCAUCGCUGUGGGCGUCCGCAGAGAGCACCACGACUGGAGUGUGACGCACGCCCAGCCCCCCAAGACCAGCAAAUUUGAGCUCUGGGUGGCCAGCAGCUUGCAGAAAGAGGUUCAGGGCACGGUUGAGCUCCGGUUCCUUUCCAUCAACACUGGUCUCGAAGUUCGCGAGCGCAUUGUGCAUGAGAAUGUCAGCAUUGUGCCCAACGGCACCACGAACCUGAUCGUGGAUGGCCUCAUCGACUACAAAGUUCACCCCGAGCCCCAUGUCCUCGCCGUCCGCAUCUGGGUGAACGGUGAGCUCGUGGCCCGGGAUGUGGACUGGCCCCAGCCGUUCAAGUACCUCGAUCUCUCGAACCGGGGUCUGGAGGUGAAGCUGGUGUCCGAGUCGGAGAACGAACAGACUCUGCUUCUCAGCGCGCAGAAGCCCGUCAAGUGCCUGGUCUUUGAGGAGCGCGAGGGUGUCAGAAUCAGCGACAGUGCGAUUGACAUUGUUCCCGGCGAUGAGCAGAGAGUUACCAUCAAGGGGAUGAAGCCUGGUGAUGCUCCUCUGAAGUACAAGUUCCUCGGACAGUAG